AUCAAUCGGCGGCAUGCGUGUGUCGCCGUGACCGCAUGCAGCUUUCACCAAGAGCAAACAUCAAGAAUGCUUGUCAAGGAAUUCAACGGCAACGUUUUGCGUUCAUCUCGUCUGCUGAGUCGUUCAAUCAGUCACACUGCUCAACAUGAAACGGACCUAGCAAAAACAGUUGACCUGAUACACCGGUCAACGACAACCACUCCAAACCACCCGUCAUGUUUGAAGGGCCUGAACCUCAGGCAGAUCCGUUCUGUUAUGGGUUCGAGAUGGCGAGUCGUUUACAAGGAACUCUACAACAUCCGAGUAGGUCCUCGAGUUCCGGAUAUGCCGAUGCCUCAGCCGGCUUUGCCAGAAAAGUGGAAGGGAAUGCAAUUCCGCGGUGAACUGGCCAAACGGUACGGUGUGGGGAUACCUUCGACAGAGCCUGUCCAGAAGUUACCGCGAGUGUGCAUCUUGACAAGCAAGAAACAGGCAGGUGCAAAAGCGGUUUACCGAACCAUUGCAAGGAAACGAAUGCGUGCUGCUGUGUUCAAGAGUAUCACGGACCCUAAGAGUCCUACGCACGAGUUACUUCAAGCAGCAGAUCGGGAUAUUAUGAUCCAAGUGACUGCAGGAGGUCCUGUACUUGGAGGUAAAAACUUCGAUGUCCCCCACCUUGAAAAAGAGAUCCACGAAACACUGUGCCAUAUCUUGGAAACACUGAAGAACACAGCAUCUCGUGGGCAUCGUGGCCCAACGGUUCAUGGGCAGAGAAAACCAGCAUUUCGUGAAUACCGUGAACCACCGAUUCAUGGGCAGAGAAAUCCAGCAUCUCGUGAAUACCGUGAACCAAAGGCCGAUGAGCGGAAGGUUGAUCAGCAGAAGGUCGAUGAGCAGAAGAAUCCAGCAUCUCGUGGCUAUCGUGGACCAAGCAUUCAAAAGCAAAAGGUUGAUGAACCAAAGGAUGGGGCGUUGUAAUCAACUUGGCAAUAGUCAAGGCAUAACCACACAGAUGAGGGAAAUCGUCUGGUGACGUGCACAACCGUCGGAAUCUCAAAAUUAAAGGCAGAGGAAAACCGAAACCAGACCAGCUGCGGAUUCUGCGAAAGAAGUCCGGCACUGUAGCUGACUGCUGUCCAUGAGCAAGGAAUUGACCAGAUU